CUCGUUGCUGCCCAGGGAGGAGACGGGGUGGCCUUUCCCACAGGGGCAGCCUGUGGCGAUGUGGCAGCUGGGCCUCACCCCGGCAGGGCUGUGCGUGACCCCCUGAGUGGGGGAAGGCAGGCUGUUGCCAUGGUGGCCUGAGCGAGCAGAAUUCCUCCAGGGUGAAGUGGGAGAUAUUUAUACCCGGGGUCAGGCCGGGAGCGGGCGGGCGGAGAGGGCAGGGAGCUGGGAUUUCGCGGGGCACAGUGAGGCCGGGCAUGUCGGCAGGUGGGACUUGGGCGUGCCCUGCUGUCUCCUGCUCCGUGUUUGUGUGAGGCAGCGCCUCCUCUGCCCUGCCAGGGACAAUGGCGUCUCUUGGCCACAUCUUGGUUUUCUGUGUGGGUCUCCUCACCAUGGCCAAGGCAGAAAGUCCAAAGGAACACGACCCGUUCACUUACGACUACCAGUCCCUGCAGAUCGGAGGCCUCGUCAUCGCCGGGAUCCUCUUCAUCCUGGGCAUCCUCAUCGUGCUGAGCAGAAGAUGCCGGUGCAAGUUCAACCAGCAGCAGAGGACUGGGGAACCCGAUGAAGAGGAGGGAACUUUCCGCAGCUCCAUCCGCCGUCUGUCCACCCGCAGGCGGUAGAAACACCUGGAGCGAUGGAAUCCGGCCAGGACUCCCCUGGCACCUGACAUCUCCCACGCUCCACCUGCGCGCCCACCGCCCCCUCCGCCGCCCCUUCCCCAGCCCUGCCCCCGCAGACUCCCCCUGCCGCCCAGACUUCCAAUAAAACGUGCGUUCCUCUCGACA